ACCUAAAAUCUAAAACUGUUUUGUAUACGUCAAAUUCCAGAAAAUUUAUAAAUAUAAUGUAAAUAUUGCUAAUCAAAUAAAUUACCCAAUUGGUACAAUGAGUCGUUUACAACAAGAAAGUGUUGAGAAUCGAAAAGAACAUAAAAUCCAAGAAAAUAUUGCUAAAUGGCAAUCUGUAGAAGAUCCUCUAGCCCCUUUGUCAGAACAACAAUUGGAUGUUAUUUACGAGUUAGGCGAUUUGGUGUCAAAUUUAUAUAGUAAAACUGAGGCAGAUAAAAUAGAAGAGGUAACUAAAAAAGGAAAUGAGGUACCAGAUGUAAUUUAUAAAAUGCAAGAUUUUAUUAAAUGGACAAUCGCAGUCGAAGAAGAUAUCAAACAUGAAAACCUAAAAAGAUUCCAAAACUACUACGAAAUGCUUGCACAGUAUCAAUCUAAAUCGAAAAAUCUUUAUGAUUUAUCCAAUAAUGCUUUAGAUUCUUUAAACAGUUUAAAAGAAAAUUAUGAGAGUGUUACUGAAAAAACAAACUAUUUACAUGAUCUUAGUGAGCAACUUAUGGCAAACCAACGGAUUCUUAAAGAAAAGAAACAACUUUUAAAUAGCAAACUACAACAUUUUACAAAUUUUAAUAAAUGCCAGGAAAGUAUUGAGAGAUUAGGAAAUAGAGUGAAUACUGAAGAUUGUACAAACGUUUUAGAUAAAAUAGAUGAAAGUGUAACCUAUUUGAAUGCACAUCUACAUUACAAAGAGUCUAGAAUUUACAAAAUGAAAUAUGAAAGCUUGUUGAAUAAUAUACUUAAUAAAAUAUAUGACUAUGUUAAUAACAUUUUAAUAGAAACUACAAAACAGGUAAUAGAACCAGAUUUAAAGAUUCAGACAUCUAAUGCUCCAAAUUUUGUUGACUCUGCUUUCUCUCUGUACUAUGGAAAGUUCCAGAGUGUUUCAUCCAAAGUUAAAUUUGUUUUAAACAAUCUUGAAGACCGAGAAGACAAAAAUGAGCAGUAUAAAAAUGUUCUAAGUGACUGCAAAAAAUCAUUCUUUGCUCAAAGAUUGCCUAUAUUAAAUGUUGCUGUUGGAAAAGCCUUGAAUGAGUUGAAAGAAAAGUACCAGAAAGAUCAUAGUGCUUUAUUCAGAUCCUGUAGUUUAUUCACUUUAAAAGUUUGCCAAGAUGAGGCAACAUGUUACAGUUAUUUUUUCUCUAAACAGUCCAGUCAAUUGAAUGAUUAUUUAGGGACACUUUGCCAACAUUUGUAUGAUACUUUAAGACCAAAUUUAAUCACUAUUAAUCAUAUAGAGGUCUUAUGCGAGUUAUGUGGGAUUCUGAGAACAGAGCUGUUGAAUGAGAAGGUAAUGGAUAUGUAUCAGUUAGGUAAAUAUGUCGAGGUUAUCAGGCAGUUAUGGCAGGACGUCGAGGAGCGCCUUGUUUUCAGGACAAAUGUAUUUUUCCAACAUGAUCUUCUUAAUUAUAAACCGUCACCUGGCGAUUUGGCAUAUCCAGAAAAAUUGGAGCAAAUGGAAUGCAUUGCAGUGGAGUUAAAAGAGAGAUCUGAUUCCAGAAGCUCAGUUGUAUCCUUAGAAUCACAAGAAGUUGCUCAUAUAAAUGCAGCAGAAAUGGCACAUUUUCGGUCAUAUACUGGAAAUUCUCCAGCUGAUUUACAUGGCAUGUGGUAUCCCACUGUCAAACGCACUCUAGUUUGCCUUUCGCGUUUGUAUUUUUGUUUGGAUAGAAACACUUUCCAAGGUUUAGCGCAAGAAGCUCUUGUAAUUUGUAUCGAGACCGUUCAGGCGGCGGCCUCGCUCAUAUCGGCCCGUAAGACGAAGGUGGACGGUUUUCUUUUUCAAAUUAAACAUUUAUUGAUUAUCCGUGAGCAGAUUGCUCCUUUUCAGGUGGAUUUUACAGUGAAAGAAACAACAUUGGAUUUCAGUACGGUCCAAAAGGCCGCAAUGGAUCUGAUAAGUCACAGAAAUAAAAUCUUUACUUUUGGAUCUCACAAUGCUUUGUUGGAAUUUUUAUUAGAAGGCACUCCUAAAGUUAAGGAGUAUCUUGUCGAUUCCAGAAAAGAGAUCGACAAACAAUUGAAGCAUUCCUGUGAAACGUUCAUUUUGCUUGCAACCCACAUACUUGUCGGAAGUAUUCUUCAAUGGGCUCAGUUAUCGGAGAACUAUCUGCAAACACUUGGUAAAUUAGAUGAAGCAUCUCAAGAUGUGAGUUUACCAAAAAAGGAAUUCGCGACAGCCCAGCUACUGUCUACAACGAUAAACGAAGUUCAAAAAAAUAUAAAAACGAAAAUUCCCGAAAUCCAAAGGUCAAUGCAACUGUAUCUCGCCAACAGAGAAACGGAAUUUAUCCUCUUUCGACCGAUCAAGAACAACGUCAUCAAUGCUUUCAUGCAAGUCGACCAGAUUCUGCUGAGAGGGGGCUAUAGCGAUGAGGAUCAGUUGCUGGUUGGAUGCCCUUCGCCUGAACAGGUCAAUAUCUUGAUUUGUUCGGUGUCACUGACCACUGGACAGGAUACUAAAACUGUUACUGUUUAAUUGUGUAUAUUUUUGUUAAAAAUU